AAAAAAUAUAAUCAUUCGUAAUUCAAAUUUUCGAAUGUGGUGAUUCCUAUUUUAAAUUUAAAUUAAUUUCUAGAAUGACGUUCGUUAGUGCCUGACGAAGAAUUAUUGUUAUUUUCUCUCUUAAUAAAUUUAAUUCGUGUCGGAUUAUUGUUGCUGCAUUGACAUUUUUCUUGAAUCAAGAUGGCGGGUGUAGUGGUACCGAUUACAAUCGAAGAAGAAUACAAGAAGAACCCUGACAUAUCUCCAGAAGACAUCAAGAAGUUACGAGACUGGCUCAAGACACAACCGCAUCUGCCGGGACAAUAUUUGACAGAUGUAGACCUGCUGAUCGUGUACCACUGCUGCCAGAAGAGUAUGGAGGUGUCAAAGCAGGUGCUGGACCUGCACUUCACACUGCGCACACACUUCGUUCCCUUCUUCAAGGACCGCUGCUUUGACAAGAAGGCUGAGUUCGCUUUUACCACAGUAUUAUGUGCCCCAUUACCCACGCCGACACCAGAGGGUUACCGCGUCGUGUACUUCCGCCUGGCAGACCCUGAUCCACGAAACUUCAAUCUACUGGAAGCUGUCAGGACUUUCAUGAUGGUCUUUGACAUGUGGCAGUAUGAGGAAGGUACUUGGCCUGGAUUCGUGAUUCUUAUCGACAUGGAGAAAGCUACCCUGGGACACGUUGCGAGACUAGAUCUCAUGGUCGUCAAGAAAGUUCUAUAUUUUCUACAGGAAUGCAUGUUUGUAAAACUACAAGGAGUGCACUUUAUGAAUGCGCCAUACUUCAUGGAUAAGCUGCUGUCGCUGAUAAGGCCUUACCUUAGAAAGGAGCUAAUGCACCUGGUGAACGCCCACCAGACUGGUGCAGAAUCCAUUGAGAAGCUCAUCCCACAGAAAGCACUUCCUAAAGAAGCUGGUGGAGAGUACAAGGACUUUGAUACUUUGAGAGAGGAACUAUUCAAACGUUUACGAGCAAAUACGGUGUUUCUCCGGGACGAGAACAGACGCAGAGUGAACGAGUCCCUCCGACCUGCAGGCAAGCCCUCGCCUGCUGAGAAGGAGUUCGGUCUUCAGGGCAGCUUCAAGAAAUUAGAAUUAGAUUAGGUCUGGGUUAGGGUUGAAUUGCUAGGA